AUAGUUGACAGCUGCUUUCUGAUUAAACCGUACUUAUAUACUAAAAUGCCACAAUACCCUCUUUGAAAUCGCAUCGGAGAAAUAUCAUGCAGUAAUUUCUUUUUCUCUCCCAACGCAUCGUUCUACUAAUCAAAUAUAAACUAGCAAAACUCGCGCAUGACAACCACAAGCAUAGUUGGAGAUCAAAUUUGUUUUCCACGCUGGGCUAUUAUUUGGGACGUUAAGAUUGGUUUCUUAGCAACGUUCAACAUCCCCAAAAAAAUGUCCCUUUCUUGGUUAUGGAAAUUUGCUUCCUGUCAGUAAACAGAGUUUCGUAGCGUGAAGGAAAAAUAAUCUACACUAUUUAAUGCUUAUAGCUACAAUAGUCUGUUGUGGAAAGAACUAACUGACAACACCACAAUGUCUUUGAGCAGCUUUCGCGGUAUCGUCUCAAUACUUCUCAUAUUGGCUGGACUCUGGGUUUUAUUUCUGAUAGCAGCGCAUCUCAUUUUAGAUCUUGAGCAAGGCAAGAGAUAUAUUGAAAGUCUGAGUUUGACACAGUUUGGUAACGCAAGAAAAGAAGCCAUCGAUGAUAAACUGUAUUUUGAAAAAACCGAAGAUACGCUGGAGCAGGUGGACUGUGAAAUACCACAGGAUAAGUCAUACCCAGACUGCAAGAACCGUGUACAGCUGCUACGAAAAAACUGGCAAACAAAUUCGUGCUACAAAGAAUAUGACGUUGAUGGAACAAUUUGUUCGCUGGUGAUAUAUUUAAGUGAGGUGGAAUCAUGGUGUCCACUAUUUCCCUGGAGAAAGUAUAUGAAAAAGAAAGAACGAAGACGUGAGAAGGCAGUAAUGGAAGAGAACCCGAAUCACUUACUUUCCAUGUUGAUUUCCUUACCUGGAUCUCAGCCAAUUAGAUCACGGAUAUCAGAAAUGUGGCCUUAUUGGAAAGAUGGCCUCCGUUUUAUGCAAAAGAAUAAAGGAAAUAUUGACACUCGGAACAAAAAGAAGAUUUUAGUUUUCAUCGGUGGGCUAAUGGGCGCUACUUCAAACAUGUCUCAUCUCACAGACGACCUGCUACAGUGGAGUGACUUACUAGCCUCGCUAUGGGUCCUGGGUCAUGACGUCACUAUCAAGGCAGACAGAGUCGAACUACUAAGUUUGAUGACGGAAGGAAGUCAGUUUACGCACCGUGGCUGUGACAAGGGAGACUCAGGCUUUGAUUUGAUAUACAUCGAUAUACAAGGUCUGCAACAACUGGUCAUGUUAGCCCCUGACCCAGGAGCACGCUCACUUAUAUGGGCUAAGUACAGUUGCCGUCUUCGCGUUGUGACUCCGUUUGGAAUGGACGCCCAGUUUAAUUAUAGGGAUUACAAAGGACCAGUCAUGGGAACGCGCUCUCAACAAGGAAACUGGAACCUAAACCUCAAGCAGUUCUUGUCCAAAUAUCCGUUGUCAGUUGACAACUCGUUCCUUGGUUUCGCGUUGAAAAGUUCACAGAACGAAACAACACUACAAAAAAUUUCAAUGGCCUAUGUACAUGGAAAGCCAUCGGAAUUUAAAGUUCACAAAAAUUUUAUAAAAGCAAUUUACAAACAAAUGAGGAUACACACUGCUUUGGUAGGUAAUUGAUACAUCUGACAAGUCAGAUCCAUUUAUUUUAUAAUUUUUCUCCUCAAGAAAAAGAAACUAUUACGUGCAAUUGUCUAGAACACGAUAACGAUCCCUUCAGAGUACCCCUUCCUGAUUAGACGUGACAGCUGGUAACAUAACACUUUGUUAUAUUGACAACUUUAUCAAGGCAAUUUUCAAGUAUGUAUGUUAGUGUGAAGGAUUUUUCUUCGUCCGGCUAGAAACCAAAAUCUGAAAAAUAUUAAUCAAGAAUGUGUAAUGUUGGCUAAGAUUGUAAAUCUUGCCACGUUUCACACCUGUUAUAA